CAAAAAAAAAUUUUCAAUCAGUACAGAAAAAUUCAGCUAUCGUUCAAGACGUUCUCCCUGACAAAGAAAUGGCAGCGCGUCGCUUUUAUGAAAAUAAAUUAACAAAUUUUCAUAAAAAUCACAUCAAAUUGUUUGCUGUUUUUAUGAAAACGGCAAAUCUAUUGCAAAAUGCCAAUGUCCUGAAACGGUCGCUCUAA